GAGGCCGGAAGUGAUUGAUUGUGAAAGAUUGAAGAUUUCCUUGCAAUACCAACGGGGCGUUAAAGGGCGCAAAGAGAGAGAAGUGUAGCGUGAUUGGUGCGUGUAUCUCACUUUCGUAUAUUCAAGCAGUCCCAGUUAAGUCCAAUACAAGCCAGCGACCCCAGCCCUUGAGUCAAAUUCUAGUCUCCUCUUCAAAACCCAACAGGCAUUCUCUCUCUACUCUCUCUCUAAAGCCUCUUAUAACCAAAGGGUGCUUUCUACAAUUUCGCCACGUUCUGAGAAUACCCAGAUUGGUUUCUUAAUAAUCCCUCCCCCUUCUUCUGUAACUGCUGAAGAACAACUCUGCUUUUGGGGCCUUCAAUUCUGCCCCUCAUCUCCACUUUCCCUUGUCCUCGCUUCGUGGCUCUAGAUUUGCGUUUCUUUCUUCUUUUUUCCUUUUUUUUUUUUUUUUUGCAGUUUCUUAGAAAUCGUAUCCCCUCUUGAAUGUUAUAGAGGAAAAGGGGUAUUGAUUGUUGUUGAAAUGGAUGAUAAUGGAGGCUGUUUGGACGAGGAGAUUGUGGAUGAAGGCACAUUCGUUUACAUUGGAAAUCGAAGCCCAGCAGAGGAUGAUUAUGUGGAUACGUUACUUGCGAAGGAGACAAGUUUUGGGUUUGGGAAAGAUAAAUCUUUGGUGUUUGGGAACUGGGUCAAAUGUGCCCGUUUGGAAGCAAUUGCAUGGAUUUUCAAAACCAGAAAUGUGUUUGGAUUCAGUUACCAGACGGCUUAUCUUUCGGUGAUAUACUUCGAUCGGUACCUUUCGCGGAGGGCCAUUACUAACGAGAAGGUGUGGGCGAUUAGGCUAUUGGCAGUGGCUUGUCUGUCGUUGGCGGCGAAAAUGGAAGAAUUGAAGGCUCCAGCGCUGUCACAAUUUGCAGUGGAUGAUUUCAUCUUUGAAAGUAAGGUAAUCCAAAGAAUGGAGCUUUUGGUGUUGAACACAUUGGAAUGGAAGAUGGGUUCAACCACUCCUUUCUCCUUCAUUCCUCAUUUCAUAUCUAAAUUAAGCAUUGAAUCCCCACCAAGCAGUAGGGUUUCUGAGAUCCUCGAACUCAUCUGGGUUAUGAUUAGAGAAAGAAGUACAGAGAACCAUCGGCCUUCUGUAGUAGCAGCUGCCGCAGCCAUUUUAGCUGCAAUGGAUGGCAGAUUACUAACAAGGAAGGCCUUGGAGUUGAAGAUGAAAUCCAUUUCGCAAUGUAGAUAUCUUGAAGUAGAAGAGGUGGUUUUGUGUUACAAUCUGAUGCAAGAGCUCAGAUUGGUAAAAUGUAGAGAAGGAGCAGAGUGUUUGAAAUCACCAACCCAAAUGAAAUCCAUGGAUUGUUCAGAGAAUUCUUCAGUAACAUCACCGAUUGCCUUGAAAAGAAAACAGCUAAACUUCAUAAACUUCGAUGAAAAGUGUGGUGUGGCUGAUGGAAAGCGGCCCCGGUAGAGGGGAAAAAGAUGAUAAUUUGGGGUUAUAUGACACAUUAAUUGCUUGAAUUGUUGGUUAACUAAUGAAGCUUUCUCAGUAAACAACCAAUGAUGAAAGAACAGAGAAACUAAAAGGAAAAUGGCAGAUGUAUUGGGGCUGCACCUGCACGUAAAAAUAGCAGAAGUGAAAGGUGAAGAAGAAAUAAGAGAAGGAGGACCAGGAAGGCAUUAGGGGGAGGAGGACGGCUUCAAAGAAAGCUGCUGCUUAUAGGGGACAUCUAUCCUCUUACUCACUUGAUGUUCACUCUCUCUUUUGUUAAUUGAUUAUUUGUUUUUGUAUUGCUUUUAAAGAUUAUGGGGUUUUUUAGCUGUGUCUGGAAAGCCCUGGGGAUGUUUUCUUGGGUUCUUUGAAAAGGGUGUAAGAAAGUUAAGAAGUGAAAGAGGGUGUGGGGGUGGGGGAAGUGUUGGAAAGGAGGUGAGGAGUGAUGGACAAGCUCUGUUUACUGUGAUUGAUGCCUCUUUGCUUGGUUUUAGCCUUCAAAAAUGUUUGUUUUUAGGUGGGGCCAAGCUCUUUUCCCUGGCUGUUUUUUUCCAAGACCCUUUUAUAUUUUUCUGUGUAAUAUGAUUAAUAAAACUUGAAUGAUACUGUGGUCUGUGGAGU